AUGGCCUCUGCUCCUCGAGGAAGACUCCAAGGCAAGAAUGCCAUCAUCACUGGUGCCGCAGGAGGUAUCGGUCUUGAAACUAGUAUCCUCUUCGCUCGCGAAGGCGCCAAUGUCCUGAUGGCCGAUAUCUCCGCCCCCGCUCUCGAGAAAGCCCUUGCCAAAGUGAAAGAAGUCGUCCCCAACGCGCCCCGAGUCGAGACAAUCAAGUGCGAUGUCUCCAAAGAAUUUGAAGUCCAGGCCAUGGUCGAGUCGCAGGAUAGCUGGGGUGGAACGGACGUGAUGUUCAACAACGCGGGCAUCAUGCACGCUGAUGACGCUGAUGCGGUCGAUACACCAGAGAAGAUCUGGGAUCUGACACAGAACAUCAACGUGAAGGGUGUCUGGUUUGGCUGCAAGCAUGCGGUGCUGAGUCUGCGUCGUCACAAGAAGAACAGGGGUAGCAUUAUCAACACGGCGAGUGUGGUUGCUCUGGUGGGAAGCGCCACACCCCAGCUGGCCUACACAGCCAGCAAAGGUGCUGUUCUUGCCUUGACUCGGGAGCUGGCGAUUGUGCACGCUCGUGAGGGUUUCCGGUUCAAUGCUCUCUGCCCUGCUCCUCUCAAUACUCCUCUUCUGCAAGACUGGCUGGGUGAUGAUCAGCCCAAGCGCCACCGCCGCGAGGUCCACUUCCCGACAGGCCGUUUUGGCGAGGCCAUUGAACAGGCGCAUGCGGUCGUGUUCCUUGCCAGCGACGAGAGCAGUUUCGUCAAUGGAAGCGAUUUUGUCGUAGAUGGAGGCAUGACUAAGGCUUACGUUACCCCUGAAGGCCCCGCCACUGCUGCUCCUAAGAACCUUGGCCAUUGA